AAAAAUAAGAGAAACCCCUCCAUUAUACUCCCCAUGAAGUCCUCCAUCAUUACCCUUGCCUGUCUGUCGCUUCUUGUCGCUAUCCAGGAGGCAACCGCAAAGCCUUCAACACCCAUUGCAGGAUGCCUCCGCAAGGAAGUCGUUCCAGCGGAUGGCAGCGUUGAGUCAUGUUACGACUUUGCGCUCAAGCACGGUACAACUUUUGAAAAGCUCCUGCUCUGGAACACGGGCCUUCACAAGAACUGCGACAACCUCGAUACUGACAACGAAAUCUGUGUCCUCGGUCCAGCUGUCGCCCCCAAGACUACCAUCACUCCUACUAAAACUCCUGCUGCUGUUCCUGCUGCUCCAGCCGCUUCUAUGGUCUCAUCUGCUGCCACUCGUACAGCGAACUUACCUGUAAAGACGAUUGUGCAACCAAAGACCAGUGCUCCCUCGAACGCGAAUGUGUCCCAGACGGCUAAGGUUUCCAAGACCACAGCGGCUAAGGCUGCGAAACCCACCCUAGCAGUGCAUACAACGACCACGACGGGUGCUCGCACAUUGUAUCCGAACCUUGCAAAAACCAUUGCUCAAAAGACAGGGACAGUCCGGCCAACGACAGCGGAUCCGACGGUUAGGACUUCUGCUGGUACUUUAAACGCUUCUCUUUGGGCUAUGGCUUAAUGCUCAGAUCACUCAGACAAGAAUACCUGGAAGACCUUUUUCUCUUUUCCUUUUUCCCUUUUUUGCCAGCAAUGCCAGCUUUUUUCUUUAUGUAAAGAGCAAAUUAAUAAUGAAAGAGUCUUAGGGCAACCGAGUGAGAAAAAAAAGUAAAAGAUGAAUGUUCUAUG